AUGUCAUUAUGUAAUAGAUCAAAUUUAGAAGCAAUUGUUAAAGGUAUUCAAACCAAUAAAAUAUUAGAAGUAUUUGAUAAAUAUUAUCAUGAUGAAAUUGUAAUGUAUGAAAAUGGUGAUUCAACAAAUCGUGUUGGUAAAGCUGCAAAUCGUAUAGCUGAAGAAUCUUUUGUAAAUAAUUCAAUUAUUCAUGAAGCAAGAUUAAUAAAGUUAAUCGCUGAUGGUGACAAUACAGCAUAUGAAAUGUUCAUGGAUUUCACAAAUAGUGGACACCGUAUCAAAGAAAAUCAAUGGGCAUUCCAACAUUGGUCAAAUGGUUUAGUCAUUAAAGAAGAGUUUGUCAAAAUUAAAACACCACCAACACCAGAACCAACAAAUAAUAUAAAAUCAAAUUUAGAAGCAAUUAUUGAAGGUACUCGAGAUAAUAGAAUAUUAGAAGUAUUCGAUAAAUAUUAUCAUCCAGAUGUAAUUAUGUAUGAAAAAGGUGAUCCAACUAAUCGUGUUGGUAAAGCUGCUAAUCGUAAAGCUAAAGAAUCUUUUGUAAAAAAAGGAAGAAUCAAUGAAGCAAAAGUAUUACAAUUAAUAAUUGAUGGUAAUGAUACAGCAUAUCAAAUGUAUAUUGAUUUUACAUAUUGCGGAAAUCGUAUUCAAAAGACUCAAUGGGCUGUUCAACAAUGGUCAAAUGGUUUAGUUAUCAAGGAAGAGUUUUAUUAA